UCCUCCAUGUGAAUCAAUCCCAUGAUGCAACAUGCCUCCCCAGCCCCAGCUCUGACGAUGAUGGCCACGCAGAAUGUCCCUCCCCCACCCUACCAGGACAGCCCACAGGCACCCUCUUUUCCCGCUCCUGACGCUGCUGUUCGAGAAGUGUGAACAGGCCACCCAGGGCUCUGAGUGCAUCACCUCAGCCAGCUUCGAUGUGGACAUCGAGAACUUUGUCCACCAGCAGGAGCAGGAGCACAAACCCUUCUUCAGUGAUGACCCAGAACUGGACAAUCUGAUGGUGAAGGCAAUCCAGGUGCUGAGAAUCCACCUGCUGGAGCUGGAGAAAGUCAAUGAACUCUGCAAGGACUUUUGUAACCGUUACAUCACCUGCCUCAAAACCAAGAUGCACAGCGAUAACCUGCUCAGGAAUGACCUCGGGGGCCCCUACUCCCCCAACCAGCCCUCCAUAAACCUGCACUCACAGGACCUCCUGCAGAAUUCUCCCAAUUCCAUGUCUGGAGUCUCCAAUAACCCCCAGGGGAUUGUGGUCCCAGCCUCAGCGCUUCAGCAAGGCAACAUCACCAUGACAACUGUCAACUCACAAGUUGUGUCAGGUGGAGCCUUAUACCAGCCGGUUACCAUGGUAACCUCCCAGGGUCAGGUGGUCACCCAAGCAAUCCCCCAGGGAGCCAUCCAGAUCCAGAACACGCAGGUUAACCUUGACCUCACCUCCCUCCUGGACAAUGAGGAUAAGAAGUCCAAGAACAAACGAGGAGUCUUGCCCAAGCAUGCCACCAAUAUAAUGCGUUCUUGGCUCUUCCAACAUCUCAUGCAUCCCUAUCCUACAGAGGAUGAGAAGAGGCAGAUUGCAGCUCAGACAAAUCUCACCCUCCUCCAAGUGAACAAUUGGUUCAUUAACGCCCGCCGGCGCAUCCUGCAGCCCAUGCUAGAUGCUAGCAACCCAGACCCUGCCCCCAAAGCCAAGAAGAUCAAGUCGCAGCACCGACCCACCCAAAGAUUCUGGCCCAACUCCAUCGCUGCGGGGGUGCUGCAGCAGCAGGGCGGAGCCCCCGGAGCAAACCCCGAUGGUUCCAUCAGCUUGGACAACCUACAGUCCCUGUCCUCAGACAAUGCCACCAUGGCCAUGCAGCAGGCUAUGAUGGCCGCACACGAUGACUCACUGGAUGGAACAGAAGAAGAGGAUGAAGAUGAGAUGGAGGAGGAGGAAGAGGAGGAGCUCGAAGAGGAGGCAGAUGAGUUGCAGACGACGAAUGUGGGCGACCUGGGCUUGGAACACAGUGACUCCCUGGAGUAGACAGCAGCCCAGUGGCGCUGGCCACCGGGCAGGAGAGCAGCGGCUUCAGGAGGGCUUCAGGGCCAGGGGCGGGAUGUGGGCGGGCAGCACCCAGGAAGCCAGCCUGAGCCUCCUCCAGUCAGCAGCUGGAAUAAACACAGAGGAGACCCCCCGCCCCUUCCCAACCACCAGCCUCAACGAGCACGCCAGCCCCUCUCCCCAGGACUGCCCAGGACUCUGUGUGGCAGAGAUGCUGGCAGGAGAAGAUCUGGACUCACCCAGUCACUGGGGACAGAAGGCAC